CAGAAACAUUGGAUGGAGGAGGAGGCGGCCAUGUUGUAGCUGCGGAGCGUGAAAGAGGGAAACAAGCUGGAACGGUCGCUGAAGAUUCGUUUCUGUUGACCGCACGGCUCGGAAGGACCGGCCGUUCUGUUUCUGUUCUGAACGCCGUGCCGCGGGAGAGACACCAUGAGCAGCGGGACGCCUUAUCUCGGCAGCAAAAUCAGUUUGAUUUCUAAGGCCGAGAUUCGCUAUGAAGGAAUCCUGUACACGAUCGAUACCGAAAACUCCACGGUGGCUCUGGCUAAAGUCCGCUCCUUCGGCACUGAGGACCGCCCCACUGACCGGCCCAUCCCGCCUCGAGAUGAUACCUUUGAGUACAUCAUCUUCAGGGGCAGUGACAUCAAGGAUCUGACGGUGUGCGAACCGCCCAAACCCACCUGCUCCCUGCCCCAGGAUCCUGCCAUCGUCCAGUCGUCCAUCAGCUCCAGCUCGUCAUCUGCCACCACUUCGGCUCCGACGCCGUUUCAGUCCGCCACCUCCUACGGCCUUUUCAGCAGAGCUCCGGUUCCGGCCUACAACCAGUUCAGCACCGCCCCACUGGUCUCGCCUCAGUUUGGAGCUGUAGGUGUUGGACGAUUCGUGGCUCCAUUUUUGAGCGUCCCGAACGCCGCCUCUGGACAGUCUCAGAACUGUUUGAUUGGUUCUGUUGUCCCCGCUCACCUGCAGUCUCUGGGGACUGAAGGCUCCAGCAGCGCCAACCAGGACACUCAGAGGAAGAGUCCCACCUUGGACCAGGCGAUUCAAACCGGCCCAUCUGCCCCAGCGUCCUCCACCACAGCGGGACGCAGAAGCCCCGCCCACAGCCGCACAGCCGCUGCUGCUCCCAGUCAGAGCAGCCAGAAGGCUCAACACCAGGACGGAGGGGACACGAGGAGAGGAACAGAAGUCCAGAACGCUCACAGAGCCGAAGGAGAGCAGAUACGAGGCGAAGGCAGGGACCCCAAUAAACGUCCAACAGGUACCAUCGGAGCAGCUAACCGCCGUGGCCGAGGGGGCGGGCACCGCAGCAGAGGGCGCUUCAACCUUCGCCGAGAUGGACCCAUGAAGUUCGACAAAGACUUCGACUUCGAGAGCGCCAACGCCCAGUUCAACAAAGAGAUCGACCAGGAGUUUCAGAACAAGCUGAAGCUGAAAGACGAGAAGUCUGAGAAGGUUCUGAACGGCGAGGACCGAGGGGACUCUGCAACAGAAACUCAGAACAGCGAGGGCAACGCUGACGAGUGCGACCCGCUCGGACCCAACUGUUACUACGACAAGUCCAAAUCCUUCUUCGACAACAUCUCCUGUGACGAUAUGAGGAAAGCAAACGACAAGUUGGGAGGCUCAGGUUUCCCACGGGAGCGCCGACAGACCUGGGCUGAGGAGAGGAGGAUGAACGCAGAGACCUUCGGCAUCCCUCUGCGACAGAAUCGAGGCCGUGGAGGUUACCGCGGCCGCGGGGGCAUGGGCUACCGUGGAGGUCGUGGUCGUUCAGCUAGCCGGGGUUCCUUCGGGCCCCCGCAGGGCAGUGGAGGCUUCAGGGGAGGUUACCGUGGAAACCAGGCAGGGCAGGAGUUUGCCAACUUACCAUUCAGGAAGGACAACAAAGUGGCUGCGUAGUCUCGGCAGGAGGAAGAGGCUCCACACUGCUGGGACUUCUUCAUCCCUCCAUGGGAAAGAAAUAGUUCUGGUUUCUAUUUUGUUGACUAAAAUAAUGAAGAUUGUCUACUAGUUGUAUAUUUGUCACCAGCACUGGAGUAGACUUUUUGAAUGCAGCUUAUCUUCCCCCGUCAGUCGGCGGCUGAGGCGACCUUGAUGCAGUUUAUCAGAGAAACGAGUUGACGAAGCGAUGUUCUAAAACGAUUCUGUAGGAGAUUUUUGUUUCUGCUCAGACUCGUCCACGCUCGCGUAGCUUUAUCAGGGUUUGUCCUGUAGUGAACGCUGCAGGCUCUCCGUCUCACCUUUCCUAACGUCUACUUUUCUACUGUGGCGUCCUGUCGUGUGAUGAACCUGCUCGCCGCCGUGUCUCUCGUUAUAGCUCGCUGUGUUUGUGACUCUCACUUCACAUUAGCGAUGUAGGUGCGGCAUCAUUUCCUCACUGGGUGUCUAACGUGACCCGUUUAUUACCAGUGGCAGGUUCUAAAUGGCAGUUCGCAGAACCUUCACAGAACUUUUAUUCAGUUUUCUUUAAUGAGCUGCUGAAGCUCUGCAGUUUGCUUCGAUUUGUAUGUGACACCUUCAUAACAUCAGACAAGGAUGGAGGAUCAGAAAAUGCCUAAAUUAAAGCAAAUCCUCAACAAUAAGUUACAAACGUUUAGGUUUUAUUUGCCAUCAUAGUUAAUAAUAUAUUAAUAAGAACAGCUCAGCUCUGCAGAAAGUUUUUUUUUUUUUUUGUGCAACCUGAAUCUUGACAUCUAAAA